GCCGGAACACUCGCAUUAAUCGUGCAGCACCAGUCAUUAUCAUUGUCGUCGGAUAGCUGUCAGCCCCGCCAUCGCUUGCCUGCCUGCCUGCCUGCUUGCCUGCCUCCUGCUUUGGUUUUGCUCUCUCUCUCUCUCUGCCUUGCACUGCUGCUGCUUCUCUGCCCUGCCUGUCGUACUUUGUUGCUGCUGGUUGCAUUACCCGUUCUCAAGCUACGGCACCUUAGGUUCGCGUAGACUAGACCCGUCCUCACCUCACCUCGACUCGCUUGAAUUCCUCAACUCGUUCUUUCAACCGUUUCGCUCGCUCACUCGCUCCCUUCACUGUUUCCCUUCCCUCCCUCCCUCCCCCGUAUUUACAUUUUCUCGAUCUUUCGGCUUCCCGCUUGUCUAAGUUACCAUCUGCAUUUGCUCCCCGCAUCACUUUCUAUCGCCUCCUGCACUCUCCCAUCGCGCCUGUCGACCCGCUCACUCGUCGCUCGGUUGCCCUUAUUCAUCUAUUUUUCUGCGCGACUCGUUUCAACGCUUUGGUUGAGAAACCACCUUUCACUGAUCGCACUCAGCGUCGCUCUGCAUCGAUCGACAUCAGGGACCUGCGCGGCUCCUUGGUCAGUCCUCUCCCCUUUCCCUUUUCUCCUAGCUUUUUGGUGCUAGGCCUUCGCGAUAGCCCAUCUGCUAACAAUCUACAGAACAAUAAUCCCUAUUCCCCGCCCUCAGAGCUACGCGCUCGCUUGUCUGGUACAAAGGGAGAAAAAGACAAAAAAAACAUCCCCGACCGACCAUUAUUAGAGUUUACCCCCAAAUACUUUCCGUCCUUUUUAUAUCCCGUUCUCUUACCGCUCCUUCAACAUUUCAUUGUUCCAAAUGUCUCCUACACCCUCGCCGUUGCAUAGGACUAUGGAAAAUUUCGGUGGUCAAUCCACCAUGGCCGCCCUUUACGACAGCCGAACUCGUGAGAGCGAAGCCUCUCCCUGGCACCGCCCUUUGGCAGCGCCGCCUUCCCAGUCCGCUGUUUCCAACUCUACCGCCUCAAAUCAUGUGAGUUUCUCUCACGAGUCCUUGAGCAUUCCCAGGCACAUUUCGUCUCCUUCUGAGGUUCCAAACGUCGAGAGCGUGGGAGUGACGAGGCCUCCCCCAGGCUUUGAGGACAAAGCCGCCAAAUAUUACAACAUCAAGAUUACGAAUUUGCCUCGUGCCGUUUCUGAGCGUGAACUUAAUGCCAUGCUCUUGUUUGCUGGUGACCUCGCCGGCAUACUUAUAAAGCCACCUUCCCCUGGGGGUGUUGAAGGUGACUACAACACCACUGCGGUCGCCCAAUUCGGAUCCGAGAAAUCUGCAAAAGAGGCCCAGGAGCGACUGGAUGGAAAACCCUUCUCCCCUGAAGAUCGCAAAAUGUCUGUCCAAUUAUUAGGCAGCUCGCAUGAAUCAUUAAACCAAUCUGCCUCUAACUCGCCGUCCAAUUCGGAUGUGUUAAUAUCCGGCACCGACUUUCCGCAGUACACUACGAACGCGACUCGCAACCGGGGGUCGCCACCAAAUGGGCAGCUUUAUGGCAGUACAAAUGGUGUGAACGGAAUUGGUGGGAUCAACAGCGUCAGUGGCGUCAACGGGAUCAACGGAACCAGCGCCUUGAAUGGGAUCAGUACGACCAACGGGAUGAUUCAAACAGGCGAAUCAUCCUUCGACCCAAAACCUUUUAACCUUCGCGAAUCUCCUGGCUUUUUCAAUCCCUUAGGUUUCCAACAACCUCCCCAAUCUGCACGCCAGCAGCAAGCCCAGCAACCUCAGAGGUUGUUUAUGCCUGACGAUUAUGAUGGGGAUGACACUGGCAUUGCGACAAGGGCUCGUGCCUUGACCAGUCCUGUUGUAGCUGGUGCUGCGAGGGGCCUUGGGGGCUUGCCACAGCUCAUUACUGCAAAUAGCACUACUAAUGGUUUUCAAAAUAUGCCGCCUGCUUCUGCUAUCGUAUCUCCUAUUACUAUAGCUUCUCCCACUAACUUUGGCUGGGCCGGUCGCCAUCUCCCGCCCGCAAAUCCCGCAGACCAGAAUCCACCCUGCAAUACUUUGUAUGUUGGUAAUCUCCCGGCCAACACUACUGAGGACGAGUUGAAGAACCUCUUUUGCCGUCAACGUGGCUACAAGCGUCUCUGUUUUCGUGCGAAGCAGAAUGGACCAAUGUGUUUUGUUGAAUUUGAAGACAUCGGCAUGGCAACCAAGGCUUUGACCGAGCUUUAUGGACGAAACUUAUCCACCAGUGUCAAAGGAGGGAUUAGACUCAGCUUUUCUAAAAAUCCUCUCGGUGUUCGCUCUCACCCUGUGAAUGGGUUAUCAACCCCGGUUACACCCACCAACUCUGGAAGUCAAUUCAGCUCGCCGGCCACUCCUUUCACAUUCUCGACGGCUUCUCACAAUCCGCCAGGUUUACCAGCGCCUUCUAACCGUCAAAUGGCAGCCCACCACCAGAGCAGCCAUGAUCAGCCCAAUGGCACCACAUACUCUCACCAUCAAAUGGGAUACGACCAAUCAAAUGGAGCUACCUAUUCUCAUCAGCAGAUUGGCCACGAUCAACCCAACAGCAAUAGCUACCCCCAUCAUCAGAUCGGCCAUGAACGAUCUAACGGUGUCACCCACCCUCUUCACUCGAACAGCCGUGACGAGCCCAAUGGCGUCGUUGGGCACUCGCAUCAAUUCGGGGUAUCAGGCAUUCCUCCGCAUCUCAUAGGAAAAUAAGCAAGAUCCAGAACAUAACAAAAAAACCAAUCACAAAAAGAUAAAAAAAGUUUGACCAUCUGUUAUAUGAUGUGAAAUGACAAACCGGCGCAUUGGGUUUUAAAAUUUCGGUGUUUCUUUUUUGGCACAGGUCGGGGGAAUUUAUUGAUUGAUUCUUAGCCAGUGCGAUUCUUCUUCGCGCGCAGGGUGCAUCAAAGAUUUGGGCAUACGAGGUGUUCUUGUUUCUUGUUUCUGUUUCUCUUUUUUUCACUUCUUUUUUUUCCCCCUUCAUGUUCACCACCAUCCUGGUCCGGAAUCCUGCUCGGUAUCAUUAACCUUUUAACGUUUUCCCAUUGUGCUCUUUUGGUUCGGUUUUCCAUGGUUCGGUUUCUCGCUUUUAUGUAUUGAGGCGCCACUUCAUGUAGUGGGGUGUUUUGUGUUUUUUCCCUUGCCUUUUCCGUUUCAUGUGCUCAACUCGGUCUUUUUCCUUUCUUCUCCCUUUUUCAUCAUGUCCAUGGCUGUUAUGGGGUGUUGUUAAGUUUAAGCUAGCUGGUGUUUUCUUAUUCUUUUUCUUUUCCAUCCGAUUCUAUUUUCCCCUGCUACAACUACCAAACCUGGUUUUAUUAACCUUUGUUUCUUUUCUUCCUUUUCUUUUUUCAUAUUUUCAUACUUGGACCAAUAUUCUAUUUUCCCAUCCUGGAUUGUAUCGGGUGGUAUGGGAUUAUAUGUUGAAUUGCCCUUUUCUCUUUCAAUUUUCCUUAUCACUUAACUUGCUUACGGUCGCUCAGCAAGAUUCUUCCUGGAACGGAUUUUCUCUUUGACGGAGACCACAGUGGCGAAGGCUUUUUCCGAGUGGCUGUACUACUUGCUACAUUAUACUACUACAGUACCCUCACAAUUAACUUUUACGUUCACUACUUUACUUCCCACUUUGUGGGGCUGGCGGCGGGUUGUCUGUUUUGUUCUGUCCCAUGACACUACUACAACUUUGAGCUUUCCCCUUCGAAUUUAUUCUUCUGCUUACAGAGAUCAGUUUACGUUUAGCGUUUUGCUUGUUUGAGAUAUCACCAUCAUUUAAGAGAGCUGAGUGAAGUGAGAAGUGAAGUGCUGCGGUCUCUGGAGAGGGGGAGGCAGGUGCUUUGUAUUUAGCCUAUGGUAUCAUAGUGGUGGUUGUGGUGGUGGCUGCUGUAGCGUAACUUACGGGUAGGCAGGUAUCAUAGUAUGUAGGGUAGUAGUAGUAGUAUGGUAUUAUACAAGUACCGUAUGCGCACUGACACACGCGUACACUAAAUAUUUGCACAUUGGUUUACAGUGCUGUGGUUGGGGUAGUCUUUUUUUUCUUUCUUUUUUUUUUUUUUUUGCAUGUAUGGUGGUUGGUUCUGGUGAGGUGUUUUAUCGUGAUAAUUGUAUAGUACUGGUGUAUCAUGAUAGAGUAGUCUGGAAGUAUUAGUGCUUGUGUGAUACCAAACCAUGCGAUACCUUUUAGACCCUCUAAGGUCCUCUGCCUUCCCUCAUGUGGAACAGUGCGGAUUAACAAUGGCGUGGGAAGAUAAUAAAUAUGCCAACUAGUAUGAUAUAGUACAGCACGGAUAAACCCCAUUCACGACUCUUCUCCCCGGACGAACAAGAGGGAACCAACCCAACUGAUGGAAGAGCCCACCAUACAUUACCACAGCGCCGGUACGACCCUAACCAAACUUGUAGUACUGUACCAAUACCAGUAUACCGGUAACCCGCCAUAACCCUUCAUUACUAAUCAAUCGGUCAACCAACCAUCGAGCAAACAAAGCAGCCAUCGUCCAUGCCUACCUUAUCAUUCCCCUCGUGAGAUUAAGAAACCCCGAGGACGGGUGCUGGCAAAAAGAUCACA